GAACAGCAGAAAAAUGCAGCACCCUUGAUCAACGCAAUGCUGUUGAAGUUUGCUGCGCAAUACAAACUGUUAAAGAUGAAGCAAGAACAGUACGACAGAGAACAAGAGGAGUUAGAGCGUCAGGCGAUAGAAGCGGCAACAAGGUUGGAGCAAAAGAGGUUCGAGCGGCAGGCGAUGAAGAAAGUGGAGGAGAUGAGAAAGAAGAAGGAGAUCACGAAGAAAAAGACCGAGUUUUUCGACGCUUGCUAUGAUGGGGAGUUUGAAAUUGCGAAGAAAUUGCUGGAGAAGGACCCGGUAUUCAAUUUCAACCUUCGCUAACCACUCAGUGGUCUCAUAGUUACUUUCCAUCCUCUGAAUUUGAUGUUAUCGGAUCAGUAUUUACAGAUACACGUAGUUCUGACAUGAGCAUUCACAUCCGCAUCCGCCAGGUCCUUCUCCUCGAAGCUACCGACAACGAUGGAUAUGCGCCUCUUUCUGCCGCAUCCAACGGAGGAAAUGUGGACCUCAUCCAGUUACUUCUCGACUAUGGCGCCAACCCCAACGCAAGAGGUGAGUUCCACAGAACAGCCUUGUGGAGAGCAGCGUUUACAGGCAACACAGCCGCGGUCGACACCUUGUUGAACCAUGGUGCAGACCCAACAUUCUACGAUAACAGCAUGCAAACGCCUUUGGCUGUGGCACCUGCGGAUAGCGCAUUUAUGUUGGUGAAGAAGAAUCAUAAUGUUUUUGAAAGAGAUUAGAAUGAAAGGAUGUAAGUAAGUAUUUGCUUCGUAAGGGGCUACUUUCGCAUCUACAAGUACGAAAUUAAUUGACUCCUACCACGUGUUUGAUAUCAUCAUCUGUAUCGUGGUCUCUACCCUAAGAACACACGUUUGCUACCAUCUUUCUCUCUACUCUAAGCAAACCCACUUUCAUCACCAGCGAAGCCGUGCUACAGGAAUGGACAAACAAUCCUGAAAAGCGAGAAAAGACGCAGGCCCUCAAAGAACAAGUGAUAGAGAAGAUGGAGGCUGGUAGGAGAAAACUAGGUCAGCUAACACGCAAACAAGCCAAUGAGAGGUUGGAAGCUGUUCAGACCGAGAUCGAUUUAGAAGAAGCUCAACUCGCAGAAGCCAAGAGAGAUGCCAGUCACCGAAUGCGGGAGUGGUCUGACAAAGUUACCAAACGAAUGAUGCAGGCGCAAUUUGCAACCAUGCACGGGAAUGCAGGAGGAGCGACACCUUCAUCUUAUGGGCAAGAAGGAUAACGAGCAAGGAGGUUUAUUCAUGUUAUUAAUGUUGUGAUUCUUGUUUGUCACGACGAGACUGCUCAGGUCCUCACGUCCAGAAAGGCGAAGAACUGAAGUUCACAGAGAUACACUGAUGUCUUCAUGUUGUUAUUGCAGUGUGACCUAGAGCUAAAUAUCCUCGGGAGUCUUGUUCAUCAACUUACUCUCUAAAAACCGUCUUCGACGUCCGCUCCAAAUGAUCCUUCUUCGAUCACGUCACAGGAGGAAGAGCUCUAUAUCCGAGAGAUGGCGAGUCAAUUGGGACUGCUAAAACGAAAAUUGGAGGAGUCAGUGCAUCGUGUUGAAGAGCUGAAGUUGAAGUACCUCUACUUUCUUACAACUACUUCACUGCAUCGUGUUGAAGAGCUGAAGUUGAAGUACCUCUACUUUCUUAGUAGACCUACUCGAUCCUCACGUUGUAUGCUUCCGGUAUUUGGUAUAGCCUGAAUUUGAUCAUAAGGGAAAACAAGAAGAGAACUUACUGCUCGUGUGUUAGCUGUUACUCUACUUCCGUUAUAGAAGGCCACAUUCAGAUUUAUCAUCUUCAUCUUGUUCACCGCAUUUUUCAGAUUCCUCAUGUUCAUCUUGUUUCUAUGCAUCACCAUCAUGAUUACCUUUACCUUCCUGAGAGUUCUUGACUCAUCGCAAGAACAACUCGACAACUCAGGUACCAAGAGUUGCAGGAGGAGCUAGACCCAAAUGCGGCUGGUGAUAGUAGCAGGACGUCGUCUAAGCUAAGGCUAGCCGAAAACAACGCAUCUUACUGAAAUCCGAAGCCACUACCACAAAUCUUUUCCUUCUCGCUGAUAUCAAAACCCCCCGCCCUUCUAGUCCUCACUGAAAACAAAAUCCACCCUUUCUUCCCCUUCUAACUGAAAUCAAGAAUCUUUCCGUUUUGCCCUUCAAAUUCCUCUCGGAUGCAGUACUCCGAUCGGCUGGUCCACACGCGAUAGUCUGCUACCCACGUGGUGGCGGAACUGGUUCACCUUGGCCUUUAGUCUGGGACACGACAGGCAGAGCAGCAGUCUUCUUCGAAUAUAGUGUUAAGGCUCGACUUUCAUCGGUCACCAUUUAGCUUGGUAACUGAAAUCGAAGAGGGCCCCCUUGAGAGAACGGUCAGGGGAAAAGUGAGGGAAAACAAGUUUAGGGACAGUUAUGUGGGGUCCCUCCCCGCUCCCGUUCAGUGACCAUUGACCAAUGACUGCCGACCUUUAAUAGUGGCGCAUCCACUUUGAAAAUGUGGAACUACAACGACAUCCGGAACAUGCGACGCGCGUUGUUGAAUUGCGUCCGACACGACGUCCCUUUUGUCCUCGACACUCUCGCGGCGCCGAUCGAUUCUGAGCAUCUGAGCAUUUGUUUGGAGAGUUUAUUGCCGCCAAGAGCCAGAGCGAGAAUACUUGGCGGAACCGAGGAAGGUGCGGAUGAGAAGGAAAUUGGCAACAACGCCUUACAAGUGGCUGCGGGAUUGGCUCCAGCAUCUAGUAGUAAAAGUAAGCCGGAAGUAGAUUACGGCUCAAGCUCUUCAACCUUGACAAAGGAUUGAUUCGUGGUCUCUUCAUCUUGUACAACAGAGUCUUAAAUGUAUGUGUCUUAAAUGUAUGUCUGUCCGUUGAUGAUGUUUCCUUGUUUCUGGAUUCUACUAAUUCGAAGCCAAACAGCAAGCAGCCGAAGUGCUACGGAAAGAGGGCAUUUUGAAGUUGAUAACGACGAAACGGCUCUUUGAUGAGGAAGAUUUGCUCUACAACCUGCUGGUAGAUCCUGCUCAAGACGGUGCUGAAUUUCAGAAGUAUGAAUUUGCCGUGGAUAAAAAAAACUUCAAGUUCAUACUCCUGAGUAGUUGUGAGACCCCGGACAUGGAUUUGAUGAGCAAGUUCCACGUCGUGCGUGUAGUCGCCAAUCAAUCGUUGGGGGAACUGCUUUGAUUCUGUGCUGUUGAAGUAGCUGGUGAUGACUGUAAUACUAAUAGAUACGUAUGUGUCGUGAUGAGGAUCAUGUUGACUGUGAUAUGUCUAUGAAUUCCUCCUGUUUGGUGGUUGCGCCCGUUGUAUCGAAACCAGAACACCAAGAAUUUAGGGUUGAAAGAACACUAAUGAAAGAACACAAAAAAUAGGUUUGAAAUUCCUCAGGGGAUAUCAAUGUUUUAGUAGUUUGGUGAACAAUAAAUCGUACUAUUGCUUCUUGGAGGUUCGAGAGAGUAACCUGAGAGUAAUUACUUCACACAUUACAAGAAUGUUUGGUUAUGGUUUGACUCUGUACUCUUUGAAUUUGUUGAACUGUUGGACCACCCCAAUUUUUACCAACUUGAAGAUUAUCGAACUUACCCGCUCUACGUCGUGUGUAUGAAUAUGAUUUCGAAGAAGAAGUAGAAGAAAACUAGAUUUUUGAUCAUGAUGAACUAUCACUGUGCAGAAGCCUUUUCACAACUAUUACUGUGCAUCGUCUCGUCGCGUCGUUACUGUCUCGGAUAGAUUUCCAACGACUUUCUCCAACUAAGACGCCUUUUCUCUUUACAGGUCCACGACUCCUUCUAGAAAUUUAGACUUUGAAAAGUCCUAGAAGGUAUACCUCACUGUUGUAGUACCUACAACUACUGUGCAUUCACUCAUCAAAUCAACAAAAUUCCAUAUGUACUAGCUUUACUGAAGUCUGCUGGUUUAUCUAGUGGACCAACACCUAACCUAACCUAUAGACCACGAAGAAGAUUUUCCAAACAAGAACAUCAUCUUCCAGGAGAUUAUGCCAGUUGUGGUAGUUGUG